ACACACUAACCAUUUUUAUUAGAAAGUAGAAACCUAAUGAUAUAAGCUUUUUCCCCUUGCCUCUUUUAUAUGCGAAAUGUGGAUACAUGAUCGAGGAAAUUAAAAAAAAAAAAAAGUAAAAAACAAAAGAUGAUGAUAAGGUCAAGCUUCAUCGCUGUACACACACUAAACAAUUAUCUUCAAAUCCCAACAAAAUCAAACUCCAAUACCCAAUCAUUAUUAUCUCUACCCAUCCCAAGAAACCUUCCUUCUUUUUCCUCGUUGAAUCUCGCAUCUUCAAAGCCUCUACGUUGCUCUUCUUCUUCAUCAUCAUCCACCAUGGAUUCUUCAUCAACUUCGAGCAGCAUUGACACCAAUGAGGAACUAGCCUACGACCUCCCACCAAUCAUGAAAGUCUACAAAAACGGCCGCGUGGAGAGGCUUGCCGGCGAAGACGUUGUUCCUCCGUCGCUGGACCCCGUAACAAACGUUGAAUCCAAAGAUGUAGUGAUCUCAGAAGAUGAAGGAAUCUCCGCACGCCUUUUCCUUCCGAAAUCAAUAACCGAAAACCAGACAACAAAGAACAAGCUUCCUCUCUUUGUUUACUUUCACGGAGGAGCGUUCUGCAUCGAAACGCCGUUCUCAGCCAACUACCAUAACUUCCUUAACUCCGUUAUUUCCAAGGCUGGCGCCGUUGGCGUCUCCGUUCACUAUAGAAGAGCACCGGAACACCCCGUCAAUAUUGCUCAUUAUUUGGGAGUUUGGGUCGGGUCGGAAGGGUUACCGGGUUUGAAAAUUGAAGGGAUUGUGUUGGUGCAUCCUUAUUUUUGGGGAUCGGAGAGGAUCGGAUCGGAGGCGUACCAGACGGAAGCAGCGGAGAAGGUGGAUGGUUUGUGGCGGUUUUCGUGCCCGACGACGAGUGGAUCCGACGACCCGAUUAUAAACCCGGAUAAGGAUCCGAAUGUGGGGAAGCUGGCGUGUGAGAGGGUUCUUGUUUUGGUUGCUGAGAAAGAUUUGUUGAGGGAUAGGGGUUUUUUCUACAAGGAGGUUCUUGAGAAGAAUGGUUGGGGUGGAGUUGCACAAGUUGUUGAAGCCAAAGAUGAGGGUCACGUGUUCCACAUGUUUAAACCAACGUGUGAGAAUGCUAUGCUUUUGCUCAACCAAGUUGUGUCCUUUAUCAACCAAGAUUAAUCAUGGUUUUAAAUUGAAAUUCAGCUUGUUUAGUGAUUAAAUCUCUUCAAUCUGUUCAACUAUUAUCCUCCUCCUUUAUUAUUGUCCUAAUGUCCUGUGAUGUAAAAGUUGCGAAAAAUGUACUUUAAUUGCCACAAUUUCUACUGUAAUGACGGCAACAACUAAUUAAAAUCAUGUACUAGAUUUUUCUUUGUACA